GUUUCCACUACCUGCGCGAUCACCACCACCCCAGAUAUACAACAGUAAACACCACCAUCACAGCCACCAUGGAUGCAUCCAGACACCAUCGGGAUGAAUAUUGGAGCUACAGAUCUCGAUCGCGCUCACUAUCACGCUCGCGACCGGUAUACUCCUCACACUCCCCUCCCCCCCAGCAUUCUCGACGUCGCGAUCACCAUCGCCGCCACCGCCGUGCCAGCGAUGACAGAGACGCACGGUCCCGUUCCCCAGAAAGAAGAAACAGGAAGCACAGCAGGCGAGAACAAGAAAGACGGGCAGUGGCAGCACCAGUCACCCUCCCCUUCGAUGCCAGGCCGCUAUCCAAGCACGACUUGCAGCUUCUUGAGCCCAUGUUCGCGCUGUAUCUGGAUAUACAGAAGAACAUUGAUAUAACGGAUCUGGAUAAGCGGGAGGUAAAGGGCAGGUGGAAGAGUUUUAUGGGGAAAUGGAACCGUGGAGAACUCGCCGAGGGCUGGUACGAUCCGAGCACGUUCCAAAAGGCACAGCAAGACAGCGCGGCCGGAAAUUACCAGCGUGUCUCUUCGCCUGGAGCCCGGGCUUCCCCGGAUUAUGGAGAACGUUACGCAAAACCUGGUAGGAAGGAUACAAGUGAAACCCGGCGGGAGCGCUCAACCAGCAGUGUCAUAUCAUUAGACCGAAGAUCCAAAGACACAGAAGAAAACGAAGACGAAGACGAGGAAGAAGAAUCAUACGGCCCCAAGCCCCCAACACCUGACUCCUCACUUGCCAUCGCCAGAAGUAGCGGGGCAGAUCAAAAAUCUGGCCCGACAAUCCCAAGCUUCCAAGACCUACAACUACAACGAGAAUCCGAAAAACAAUCUCAAACAACCACUUUCAUAACACAGCGCAAGGAAACCUCCCUCGCCCGGGCCGCCCACAAGGCUCAAAUACGCUCUGCAGAGGAAGAAAUCGCCCCGCGCGCUGAACCCGGCACUCGCGAGCGGCGCUUGGAAAAGAAGCGCGAGACCGCCGCUGCCAAUCGUGCUUUUGCAGAGUCGAAGACGGGCGGUGACGAUGAUGGUAUAGUAGGGGAUGACGAGCUGAUGGGCGGUGGCGGUGCAGGUGGAGACGAUCUUGCGGCACUGAAGAAGCAGAGGGAGAAGGAGAUGCGAAAGAAGAAUGAGAGGGAGAUUCGGCGGGAGGAAUUGUUGAGGGCGCGGGCGGCGGAAAGGGAGGAGAGGUUGAAAGCGUACAGGAGGCGGGAAGAGGAGACAAUGAGUGUGCUGAAGGCGUUGGCCAAGCAAAGAUUUGGCUGAGGAGUCUAUACCCAACUAUCAGCAGGUAAAUGAGCAGCGAGCUUUCAAGAUGUUAAUUUAUAACCCGAUUUUAUCUAUGUUAUAUAGGCUAUGAGGCUAUUCUUGAUAACAACCUAAGUAAUAUAUCCCUUCAACGCCUAACCUCCCUGAAAGCCAUUACACCGAGCAUCGAACCUCGAGACCCCGCGCUGGGAAAGCAAUAUGUAUAUAUGUACAGGGAAUUUCAUAAAAUUCAAGUGUAACAUCAAGUCGUCAUUACCGAGGCUUUUAAAAGACUCUCUAUCUUUUUUUUCCAAUCAUUUUUGAUCAUCUCGAAUUUCA